CAAACUUACCAUCAAAUACUCUGUUUUCAAUCUGCCAAAAAGAAACAACAAGACAAACCCAAAGAACAGAGAUCCCAAGCCCGUGAUCAAUUCUUUCACAAAUUCGUCUUACAUUAGUCAAAAAUAAGAAACCCAACAUUGAAUUCAUACUCUGAUUAUUGACAAAAUUGACACAACCUCCCAGCUGCCUAUAAAACCACGAAACCAGUCUCAAUCUCAUUCAAAAAAUAAGUCACAAAAAUGGGAGGCAGAGUAAUUUUCACAGUAAUUAUGGCUGUUAUGCUGGUGUCCAUAACUUAUGGGUCAGCUCAAGUUACUUCACCGACACCCACAACUCCGGUGGUGGCCCCGCCGCCGUCCUCCGCCACCAAUGCUUCACAAGAAUUCGUGGACGCGCAUAAUCAAGCAAGGAAAGAUGUGGGAGUUGGGCCUCUCAAGUGGAGCGAGACAUUGGCCAAAUCAGCCAGCUUAACUGUCAGGUACCAAAGGGACAACCGAAAUUGCAGUUUCGCUGACCUGUCCAACAGCCAGUACGGCGGGAACCAGCUCCGGGCUAGUGGGGUGGCGGUGCCGCCGCGCACGGCGGUGGGGAUUUGGGUGUCGGAGAAGCAGUACUACGAUUAUGGUAACAAUACUUGUACUCAGGGCCGUUCCAGCUGCGGGGUUUACACCCAGGUUGUGUGGAAGAAUUCGGUGGAAUUGGGCUGUGGUCAAGCUCAGUGUGUGAAGGAGCGUUCUAGCCUGACCGUUUGUUUCUAUAAUCCGCCUGGAAAUGUGGUUGGGGAGAAACCUUAUUAGAUUUCAUCGAUCUCUUUCUUGUUCUGGGCUUUUGAUUAGCCAUUAGAGUUACGCUGCAUAUGUAAUUUGGUUCCUUUUGAUGGGUUAUUGUUACAUCGGCUCAGUUCUCAGAUCAUGUUUCUGAAUUGUUAAUGUGCUUCAAGUUCAUAAUUGGGUGGCAUUCAUGAGUUUAUUGAGUAAUUUUUGUAUCAUGUAUGUGUUAUUUGCUAAAAGGAAAUGUCAUGAUCAUCAAAAAUGGAUUGUGAACUACUUUUAUUACCAAAAAAAGAAAAUAAAAACGAAUAUGAAGGAGGGAAUACAUAGUUUAAUG